AUGACAGACUCGCGCCAGAGCAUGUCGAGGUCGAGUGUAGACGAGAAGGACAUCGAGGCCCUUCCGACCACAGAGGAACCCAAAGGCAGACUGAGCUUCGUCGCUGCACUGCCUCACCUGUCGACGCUCCCCGACAAGGACAGUCAACAACGAGAGCUCGACCUCAAGAGAAUGCAGCAUCGCACGGGCAGCAAAGAAGUCCCACGAACGAUGUCAAUCUCCUGGGUGCCUGGCGGUACAUCUCGUCCUGCACCGAGUGAGCCAUCUGCACGGAUCCCUCUCGAAUUCAGAACGAUCUCACUCCACGUCAAUGAGACGAGAGAGUCUAAGAGCGGCACUGUCUUGGCGGCCAAGGUCUCAGCGAAGAAGAGCAAAGCAGUGCAAGAUCUUGCAGAGCUGCAAUGGGCUAGUCUUUCGAUUGAUGAAGUGUCGACGCGCCUGAGCGCAGACACGCAAAACGGCCUCGAGCCCGCGCAAGUAGAAAAGCGGUUAGCACAGCAUGGCCCCAAUCAGAUCACUGCAGCGCCGAACAGAUGGGCAAGAAAGAUUGCCGGCUACAUCCUGGGUGGCUUUGGCAGUCUUUUGCUGAUCUGCGCGGUCAUCACCUUCAUCAGCUGGCGCCCGCUCGGUGAUCCUGACCCUUCAGUAUCCAAUCUUGCACUGGCGAUCGUGCUGCUCAUCGUAUGCGCCAUGUCGGCAGCUUUCAACGCGUGGCAGGACUGGUCCACGACGCAGACCAUGAAGAGUAUUGCGGGCAUGCUUCCGACCGAUGUGCUUGUCAGCCGGUCCGGCUCAAUGCUCAAAAUACCGUACAAAAGUGUCGUGCCUGGCGAUUUGCUCCAUGUCAAGAUGGGUCAGAAGCUUGCGGCCGACUGCCGAAUCAUCGAAUCAUCGGCUGACAUGUCGUUCGAUCGCUCCAUCCUCACAGGCGAGUCGGAAGCAGUGCUCGCUACCUCAGAUGCAACAAGGGACAGCUUUAUGGAGUCUGCCAACAUCGCAUUGCAAGGCACACUCUGCGUGUCGGGGUCAGGUAAAGCGCUUGUUGUGGCUACAGGCGACAAUACAGUCUUCGGCCGUAUCUCGGCAAUGACACAACAGAGCAAGAAGCAGAUGACGACGCUCGAGCGAGAAGUGUUCAGAUUUGUCGCCAUUAUCGCCUCACUCGCUAUUUCCGUGGCUGUCAUCAUCGUCAUUCUCUGGGCGGCGUGGCUCAGACCGAAGCACCCCGACUUCAUCUCCGUCAGCGGUAUACUCAUCGAUGUCGUCUCCAUCUUGGUCUCUUUCAUACCAGAAGGACUACCAAUCUGCGUCUCGAGCUCGCUCACAAUCAUCGCGAAUAAGCUCAAAGAGCACAAGAUCCUCGCCAAAGGUCUCUCGACGGUCGAGACACUCGGCGCUGUCAAUGUCGUUCUGUCCGACAAGACCGGUACGCUGACAACAAACCAGAUGACGGUCAUGUCGCUUGGUGUUGGCGACUCGUCUUACACCGCUGUUGAUGCGAUCGCUGCCGCCAAGUCGAACGCUUCCCAGUCUCGAAUCAUCCGCGAGCUUGCCACAGUCGCUACUGUUGUCAAUGAUGCCGAAUUCGAAGCUACUCAAACGCAGAGCGAAAAGGAGAAGCCAGUCGAACGACGCGUCAUCGGCGACGCAACCGACAGUGGCCUCUUGCGCUUUGCAGACAAGUGUCUGGAUGUCGAAGCUACGCGUGCAGAGUGGCUCGAACUCUACCGUCUCGCCUUCAAUUCCAAGAACAAAUUCGCCCUCAAGCUGUGCACAGGACAGACGGACAAGGGAACCGAAUUCUCUGCUGCUGAAGAUGAUGCGGUCCUACUCGUCAAGGGUGCCCCCGACAUUCUGCUUCGUCGCUGCACCAGCUAUCUGCAGGAGGAUGGGUCGCUCGCGCCAUUGGAUGAAGAUGCCGAAAGCCACAUCGUCACUCUGCAAGAGAGCUUUGCAGCGCGAGGACAGCGUGUGCUACUUAUGGCGAAGAAAACGAUCCAAGCCGGCACGAUCGACGCGUCAUGUUUCGCUUCGAAAGCGUUGCUCGGCGAAACCGUGCUCGCUCUCAAUGUCGAGCUUGAAGUCGUCGGUCUCAUCGGACUAGUCGAUCCACCCAAGCAUGAUACGGCUGCUACGGUCAGCACAUGUCAACGCGCAGGUAUCCGCUUUGCAAUGGUCACUGGCGACUUUGCAUCCACCGCAAAGGCUAUCGCGCAAGGCGUUGGCAUCCUCAGCGGCAAUGCAGACGUCAUCCAUACCGUCGCCAAUCUUCCUCGCGAUAUCGACGAGAAGGACAUCAAGCCUUUUAGCCCGGACAGUGAUAUCACUACCGCCAUCGUAUUGUCCGGCAGCGAUCUGAUGGCCAUGAACGAAGUACAAUGGAAGCAGAUUGUGCAUUAUACCGAAGCUGUAUACGCGCGCACUACUCCAGAACAAAAGUUUAGACUCGUCAAAGCGUAUCAGGCUGCUGGAAAUGUCGUCGCAGUCACCGGGGACGGCACGAAUGACGCAGGUGCACUCGCAGCAGCAGAUAUUGGCGUCGCCAUUGCGGGGGGUAGUGACGUCGCUGUCGAGGCGGCUGAUGUCGUCUUGCUCGAGGAUUUCAGCGCGAUCCUGGUCGGCAUCGAAUAUGGUCGUCUGGUCUUCGACAACCUCAAGAAAGUCAUCGCAUACCUUCUUGUGGCUGGCUCUUGGGCGGAGCUCUGGCCCGUCCUGCUUAGCGUCUUGCUUGGUCUGCCGCAAGCUCUCAGCAGUAUGCAGAUGAUCAUCAUCUGUGUCCUGACCGAUGUUGCACCUGCUCUUUCGCUCAUACACGAGAAGCCCGAAUCGGAUAUCAUGCUCCGACCACCCCGCAACAUCAAGACAGAUCGCCUAGCAGAUUGGCGAUUGCUCUGCCACUCGUAUCUCUUCCUCGGCAAUCUACAAGCCCUCUGCGCGAUGACUGCCUGCUUCUACUUUGCAUUCGAACACACCUAUGGCAUUCAUUGGUCUCAGCUCGUCUUCAGCUACGGAGGGGUGCAGGGCGUGGAUCCAGAGACGCUUGCAGAGGCAACGGCUCAAGCUCAGGCACUUUACUUCUUCUCGCUUGUGCUUGGUCAAUGGGGCAAUUUGCUUGCUACUCGCACUCGCCGGCUGUCGAUUUUCCAGCAGGAUCCCAUUUUCAACCCAAAGACUCGCAAUUGGUAUCUUUUCCCGGCAAUGGCGAUUGCGCUCGCGCUUGCAUGCUUCUUCAGCUACCUCAAGCCCUUGAAUCAGCCGCUUGAGACGUACGCAGUGCCGGCGCAAUACGUGUUUCUGCCGAUGGCGUAUGCACUCGGCUUCAUCGUGCUGGAUGAGACGCGAAAGCUCAUCGUGCGCGAAUACCCGAAUAGCCUGCUCGCCUGGCUCGCAUGGUAG